AUGGAGACGAGCGCCUCGCGCACAUCUACCACGGAGGCUGCGCCAGGGCGGGAAGAUGUUGGAAUGUUGUCGUCAUCAACGGCGGGGUCGGCGUCGACAACAACAACAGCGACGGUAGGAUCGUUAGGCCACGGUGGGGAUGGCGAUCCUGGCAGCAACGACAGGAGCAACGCGUUGGCCCGCAGCUUCGAGGAGUUACUUGACGCUGAAGUGUCGGUAAACCCUGCAAAGUUGCGUGAAGCCUCCCGCGCCGGCAUUCCACCGCUCUACCGCAGCCCUGUCUACCUUUACCUGCUAGGUGUCGCCUUUGUUGACAAGUCGCGUGAAAUGUCGCUGGAGCGAAUGCUGGAAAAGGAUUUUGAGCAGUUGCUGGCAACCUUCGCCCGAAUUGCCGCGUCAGAUGAAGUGGGACGGCGCCCGUCCGUGAAAGGGCGUAUUAUGCAGCCAAUGGCAUCACUCACGCUGCAUGACGCUGAGAGCAUCCCACUUAUUGCCCGGCAGGAAAGCCGGUUUGCAAACGGCUAUUUGUGCUCAGGUCGCAACUUUUCCGUAGGCUUUGCGGCGUGGAUAAAGCUUUACGCCAACUUGAGGUAUCUGCCACGGUUUGUAGGAAAUCCAGGGCGACGGCAGCGGAUGGAAGCCGCGUGGCAGGCCUUGCACGUCACAAACUCAGAGGCGACACCCGAUGAAGUAGAUAGCUUGUUUGAACUGGCGCUUGUGUUUGAGUCGGUGCAUAGCACAGCGCGGGACAUUUACUUCUCUACCGCCUCCCUCUACCACUUAUUGACGCAUCACGGCAAUGUGCUGCAGAGUGCGCAGUGUCUGCAGAAGCACUGCGGUACAUUCCUCAUGUUGUUUCGCGCCACAAACUUUGACCUUUACCGCCACUUUGUGGCGGAAGGUGUCACUGUCGUUGAGUGGCUUCCGCAGAUGCUUAAGACGCUCCUGGCAGGUCGGCUGCACGAGGAAGACUUGCUGCGCCUGUGGGACGUAUAUUUGGCGGGCGCAUUGGAGGACCUGAGUUGCCCGCUGCACCCAUACGUCUGCCUGGCGAUUCUUGCGGAGAUGACGGAGGUGCUGCUCGAGUGUGAGAAGUCCGGAAUCAUUGAGCGGCUGCGGCACCUCCCCCGUAUCAACGCCGGCUGCAUCAUCCAGAAGGCCGUCUCGCUGAAGGAGUCCGUUUUCUCAAAGAAUCUGCUGUGA